AGUGUUCAAAAUGGUGUAUGGCGAAUUCUUCCACAGACCGGGACAAGAUGAGGAGCUUGUCAACUUGAAUGUAGGUGGCUUUAAACAGUCCAUUGGCCAAAGCACAUUGCUCAGAUUUCCCCAUACAAGACUUGGGAAGCUGCUCAAAUGCCAUUCAGAAGAGGCUAUCCUGGAACUGUGUGACGACUAUAGCGUUGCAGACAAGGAAUAUUACUUUGAUCGGAACCCUUCCUUGUUCAGAUAUGUGCUGAACUUUUAUUACACAGGCAAACUCCAUGUUAUGGAAGAGCUUUGUGUCUUCUCCUUCUGCCAGGAAAUAGAAUACUGGGGGAUCAAUGAACUUUUCAUUGAUUCCUGCUGCAGCAACAGGUACCAAGAAAGGAAAGAAGAAGGCCCCGAGAAAGAGUGGGACCAGAAAAGUAAUGAUGGAAGUCUAGACUCUUCUGAUGAAGAGUCAUCCAUAUUUGAGAAGGAGCUUGAGAAGUUUGAUAAACAGUGGUUGGGGGACUUGCGCAAGAACAUAUGGAUCAGAAUGGAGAACCCUGCGUAUUGUUUGUCAGCCAAGCUGAUUGCUGUUUCUUCCCUGAGUGUGGUUCUAGCAUCUAUUGUGACCAUGUGUAUCCACAGCAUGCCGGAAUUCCAAAAACUGGAUGCCAAUGAAAGAGAGAUUGAAGACCCUGCUCUGGAAGUGGUGGAGAUCAUAUGCAUUGUCUGGUUCACCUCUGAGCUUAUAAUCAGGUUGGCUGCUGCUCCAAGUCAGAAAAAGUUCUGGAAGAACCCUUUGAACAUUAUUGACUUUGUCUCCAUUAUUCCGUUCUACGCCACUUUGGCCGUGGACACAAAGGAGGAAGAAAGCGAAGAUAUUGAAAACAUGGGGAAAGUGGUCCAGAUCCUACGCUUGAUGAGGAUAUUCCGUAUACUGAAGCUGGCGAGGCACUCUGUUGGACUGCGGUCUCUGGGUGCAACGUUGAGGCACAGCUAUCAUGAAGUUGGACUUUUGCUUUUGUUCUUGGCUGUCGGGAUUUCUAUAUUUUCUGUUCUGGUCUACUCGGUGGAAAAAGACGAUGACACAUCGGAGCUGCAAAGCAUCCCAAUCUGUUGGUGGUGGGCCACGAUUAGCAUGACCACAGUUGGCUAUGGGGACACCUUCCCAGUCACCCUUGCAGGAAAGAUUAUUGGCACAACCUGUAUUAUCUGUGGAAUAUUAGUGGUGGCUCUGCCCAUCACCAUCAUUUUCAACAAAUUUUCAAAAUACUAUCAGAAGCAGAAGGACAUGGAUGUGGACCAGUGCAACAACGAUCCCAAGGAGAAGACAAAUGAGCUCCCUUAUUUUAAUAUUAGAGAUAUUUAUGCAAAAAGGAUGCACUCCUUUAUUUCUAGCCUUUCUUCAGUAGGAAUUGUAGCCAACGAUCAAGAUUCAACAGACGCCUCCAGUAUCCAAGAUCUGGACGAUGUUUAUAACGCAACGUCUUUGCAGAAUGGUACAGGAAAAUGA